GCCGCUGUCCCAGUCGUCGCCCUACUUUGUCGAAGCCAACUCAGCUCGACACUCGGUUUACACCUUUCCUACGAAAGACGAGAGAGAAACACGUCCACGUACACGCACGUGCACGUGCACACGCGCGACGCACGAUUACGCAUACAUUCGUAGGGACGCGUACCUGCACGCACCUACCACGCACACACGCGUUCCGGCCACGCGAGAGUACAACAGUACGAGUACAAAUCGAAGAAGGAACGCGUGACGGUGGAGGUGGUGCCGAUGGUGGUGGAUGUGAUGGUGACAGUGAUGGACGUUUUGCCGCAAACAGGAAGUGUCCCGCGCGAAAACUCGGCCCGUCCUUACCUUUACACGCCACGGAGCCACGUGCCUCAACCGGAAGUGCCACUGCGAACCAGUGAAACGGACCGUCCUACGACCUACGACAACCUGCUGCUCCGUGUUCCUCGAUCGAGCGCAAACCCGGCGCUUCGCUCGCUGCCAACGACUGCCUAUGAUCGCGAUUAUCUCGAACACGGACUAUUAAUAAGGGGAACAUUAAACCGAAUAACGCGGCGCUGCAUUUUCUAGAAUUAUCAGUGUCGGUUAUCAACCUCUGAACCUAAAUCGAUCUGAAUAUUCCUGUGUCGCUCUGACCCGCGUCAACCGAAACUGACAGCUGACCCGUCGCGGCCGUUCGUCGCAGGACCAUUCUGAACACGAAUUCGAAUACGAAAUUUCCCGGUUCGAAGACGUGCGCAAUACUGGAGAUCGAAUAAGUUCACCGUGAAGAAGUUCUAAGCGGGAAAACGAUAUCGCUAUUCGCGGCAUUCAGGAGAAAGUGUACAGGCUCAUGAAACCGGAAGUGCCAUCAACCGAGAAUAUUCAACACCAUCGUUCUGUACCUUUCUCUCUCUUCUAUGUAGCUCUCUGUCGGGUCGCGAAAUGUUCGCAUCGUUGAUCGUACGUGCCCGCUCUUCUCGCGCGCGUGUCUUUUGAUGAUUUUCAAACUCGAAACUGCCCGAAGCUCCUUCUCGUCGUCGUUACUAUCGUCAAUGCACCAAUUUGCACGAGUGACAUAAAAAAAAAAGUACGAAACUGUUUUUUCAACGACUGAUGAAUCUUCCUCCUCGUUCGUCUGAUCUCGAAAAACAAGCACCACUGCCAAUAAGCGAAUAAGUGUAAUCGCCAUCUUACUCUAUUACUGUGAUUUUAUUAUUUGUUUUAUUGUAUAUCUCGCUUAAAUCGAACGUGCUGUUGUUUGACGUCCACGGCCAAAGUCACCGACAUCCUACGCAUAUACAUACCAAGUGCGUUUUUUAUCACGUUCACAGAGCAUGCGCUCGAGGAACUCGCAACAGCCGUUUGAAAGGCGCGACCCUUGAAGACUGUGGAAAGGAUCGACAUCUCGUUUUGAUUUUGUCUACACUGCCAACUCUGGUCUCUCCACAAGAAAAGAAGAAAGAGAAGAAGAGAUUAUACGAUUCGUCCGCUCGCGAUCAGGAAUCGCACACUGCCAGAAGCGAAAUUACGUGUCGGGGUCAGCCAAAUUUGGUACAUCCACCGGCUCCUACUCGUGCAUUAUUUCUAAAGAUCCGUAAAUCGCAACUUGAAACUGCCGAUCGAUACUACUCGGAGACAUACGUAUCCAUUCCCUCGAAUGUCAUGGGACCGUUGGUCUUUUCAUUAUCAAACAGUUGGAUAGCCGUUGCACGCAUGCGAUUGAUUAGGAACACGUUCGAACCAUCGGAUCAUCGUUCUGCGUAACAACGAAGCAACCGAGACGCGGUUUUAACGCAACAACUCGAUUUAUCAUCUCCCGCGAAAUCUAGCGUACAGAUUUUCGCGCUCAUGAACGGGAGAGCAAGCGAGCGGACUUCAAAAUUAUCGCGCGCCGCUUCCUGCGAAACGGGUCGCUAACGAAUGGAACGGAAGGAAAAAAGCGAGCAUCGUUACGUAAUACCCGCUACAUGGCUGCCAUUUUGGUCCACACACACACGCACGCCUAAACGAGGUAUACGCGUCGCGUUGUCGUCUAGCGUCUCCGUGAAAAACCGAACGACUAUGGUGCAACAUGCGUAGUAGACGCGAUAGAUAAGAAGUGUGACGAUAAUGCUAGAACGACAGAGGAGCGACACCACGCCCGGAAAUCGGCGUGUGUUCACGCAUACUAGUAAAUAACACGCCCGCGUCAAUCGAAAGUGUAACGAACUCUGCCGGGAAUUUCGUUUACCCGUUAGACCGGCCGCAUGAUAGAGACACUGCUCAGCUAUUUUCGAAAACGGUCGUCGUCGAACCAGGAACGACUAUGCGUCGACUAUGACAACUCAACGAGUGAACCUGCUUGAGAAUCUUUUUUCUAGCUGCCAGUCUAGCGGAUGGACAUCGUGUAAAGCGAGUCGCGUUCCACUCUGCAGGACGUUUCGAAAGACGGUGUUCGAAAUAGUGAUAUCGAGGGAUAGAUGAAGAGGAACGAGAGGAACGAGUAACGUUAUCGGUUUUAUUGCUGUGUUAUUAGAUUGUCUCGAUUCGGUGCAUUUCACGGGGAACGUGUUCGCUCCCGAAUCCCCUGGACUAUUAAACUGCGGCCGCCGAUCGAUAAACCUUAUUCGAUCGCCGACUAGUUUGACGCGUCGGACGAUACUCGAGUACUAAACGUAUAAGAAGAUCGAUAACCAAUGAUUGGAAACAUCCAAAAUCGAUAGUCAACUCGCUAUUUUUAAUCAACGUGUUCAAUUAAUCUCCAUCGUGUGUGAUCGUAUUUUUUUACUCGAUCGCUCGUGCUGAAUAUAUAGGUCAGCGUCGUAUUCAGGCGACGGCGAAACAAUCAAAAAUAAGGCUGAAAAAACGACGUCGCAGUGUAACGCAGAGAAAAGACUAAAAAGCUGACCACGCUCUACACGUUGGGACACAUACAAGUACACACUCGUUUUGGUUGUGUCAAAGGUACAAAAGGGACUUUUGCGUGGCAAACGAAGGAAACAAAUAGGAUGAACGGACCGUUAUUGGUCACGAUGCGGAGGAACCGGAAAGACGAGGACGUACUAGCGAGCGUUUUCUGCUAGGACAAAGGAUAACCCAGUUUCACAGGCGAGCUCGCACGUGCAACUGGGUCGUGUGUCUUUGCACCAUCGUCCUUUUCGGUAACCGCGCUCCGAUUUUCUUCUACUUAAAGGGCUUCUGAUACUGGGAGAAAUUUCGCCGAGUGGAAUCGUGUCGUUUGACUUAACAUACUGCCACUUUAUACGCAUUUUCCGUGACGAACGAAUUAUUCGUUGAUAUUCAAUAGACAUAUACAAACGCGCAAAUUUGUUGCAUUAACAUAGAUGGGUUUCGAUCAUUUAUGAGAAACCCAAACGGAAGUCGUUGCUAUAUCUGUUCGAUUUGACCCCGUGGGCUUCUUGAUUGUGAAAAAUCCGACUGUCAGUCGUAUCGGGAGGCUUAGAACAGAUGAGGAACAAGUGCACGUGUAAAUACUUAAGAAAACGGACGAGACGCCGGAAACGCGUUGCUCACCGCGCGACCAGAACUUUCAACUAGACGAAUUAAAUCGAGAAGAGAGUGAGAACCUCGGUGAUCUGUGUACUUCGUGUAUGUGUGUCUCUAUGUGCAUCAUAUAUUGCAUAUACAUAUAUAUAGAUAAAACGUGUGGGUGCGCGCAACCAGUGAUACGAACGCUGAAGUGAUACGACGAACCCUUGAUCGAUAAUUUUCACGUCGGCGACCUUGUUUAAGAAAAACGCGGGUCCUGAAGACCGGUUUUCUGGGGAGACUUCGUAACCUCGGCCGCCCCUUUUCGUGUUUUGGAUGUAUUAAACGGAAAAAGAUGAAUUAUGACCCUUACGAGCAGCCCGUGUAAGCUAGACAACAUGAGCUUGUUUCAAGACCUCAAGUUGAAAAGGAGGAAGGUCGACUCCCGAUGUAGUAGCGACGACUCCCCGGUAUCCCUUGGAUCAGCAGGCUCGCCGCUCGGGAUCCAGUCGGCGGACGCACCUUCACCCAUAAACUUUCCUGCUCCAGGGGAGAGCAUGGCCGACACCUCGACCCUGUCGCCGGAAGCUAACAUGCCAGGCUCGCCGGGCUGCCCUGUGGUCAAAGUCAAAAGCGAGUAUCUGCUAGGCAUCCCGAGUCCAGGAACGCCGCGGGAUCCACUUCGCGGAAGCGGGCCGGCAGCCGGGAUCGAAGCUCGCGACACGGCCUGUUCGGACCGCGCGUCUCCCGAUUCAGUCUUCCCGGAUGCCGGUUCGAUGACGGGCUACAGGGUCGUCGAGGAACAACAGCAGCAGCAACAACAACAACAGCACCAACAGCAGCAACAGCAUCAACAGCAGCAGCAGCAUCAACAGCAACGGUCCGGUACACCCGUGCCGACGAGGCUGUCGCCUUACUCGCCCAUGCAGACGGUUUCCGCAACCCCCAUGCCCCAGGAAGCGAUACCGCGGAGCGAGAGCCCUGACAAGGGUGACCUCUCAUCGGCCCAGACCAAGGUGGAAUCGGACAACUCGGUUUUCGACGGAGGAGGUGGCGGUGGCGGAGGUCGUUCGGAGACCUCCAGUCAACCUAGUCACCGGAGCAGCCCGUCUUCGCAGUACAGCCCCAGCCAGAGCAUGAGUCCCAGCGCGAGCUCCACGCACGGAAAUCAACAGCAGCAGCAGCAGCAACAACAACAACAACAACAGCAACAACAGCAACAGCAGCAGCAGCAACAGCAACAACAGCAGCAGCAGCAGCAGCAACAACUGCAGGCUUCGCCGGCACGAAGACCGAGGAUGCCAUCGGUGCCGCCACACCUUUUAGCUCAUCAUCAGUUUUGGUCGCAAAAUAACGGGGUGCAAGGGUUCGCCACGCAGAGGUUACUGAACGGGGUCAUCAGCAGUGCCGUUAAUUAUGGACAGAACGUCGCGGUCGCGUCCACCAGUAGUAGUACAAGUUCGAGCACCAGCACAAGUGGCGGAGCUACUUCCACGAGUACUGGGGCAACCAGCACGGCGUCCUCGUGCGAAACAAUGAAACCACCGGCUCAAAGGCCCGCGCCUGCACCCCCCAGGCCACCUCCCACCGUGAUCAUGGGUGAGAUCGGCGGCGUAAGGACGAUGAUAUGGUCCGCGCCGCCGAUGGAUCCCGUACCACCGCCAGCGGCUUCGUGGACGGCCACGGCCGCGGCUGCAUCUUGUUCCUCGUCGGAGGAGUCGGCCGCUCAGCUGCUCCUAAACCUCGGACAGGAGUCCCGGGGAAAACCGCCCUCCGUUUCCUACUCGUCCGGCCCACCCCUCAACAUGGAGAGGUUAUGGGCCGGCGAUCUAACGCAAUUGCCGGCCGUGCAGCAGAUGCAGGCGUUAAACUUGACAGCUUCCGGAUCCGGUCAGACGUGGGAGAGGAACGGGGGCGUCGUCAAGUCCGAAUCGACGUCACAAUCGAUGUCGGUUGCGCCCCCGGCACCACCUAUGCCGCCCCAGGACCACGAGGAGGACGAAACACCUAUGAUAUGUAUGAUCUGCGAGGACAAGGCUACUGGUUUGCACUACGGGAUCAUCACAUGCGAAGGGUGUAAAGGUUUCUUCAAAAGGACUGUACAAAAUAGGCGAGUGUACACGUGCGUGGCGGAAGGCGGCUGCGAAAUCACGAAAGCCCAAAGGAACAGGUGUCAAUACUGUCGCUUCAAAAAAUGCAUUGAACAGGGUAUGGUCCUUCAGGCCGUUCGAGAGGAUCGAAUGCCUGGGGGAAGAAAUUCUGGUGCUGUGUACAAUCUUUACAAGGUGAAGUACAAAAAGCACAAGAAAAGUAACAAAGCGAGCGGAGUGGGCGGAAGCAUGGGUGGCAUAAGUAGCGGCGGUAACGUUGGCGGUGUUAACGGGUCGGGAUCCCUUGGUGGUAACAAAAGCACCAUGGGUUCGACGAUGCUUGUCAAGCAGAUGGCCGCGGUAGCUCACCAUAGCCAACAGCAGCACACGCAGCUGGCUAGUGGUUUUCUUCACCAUCACAAGAUUUCGUCGGGCGACCCGCUUAACUCGCAAUCUACCACCAGUCACUCGAGCCACCCUGCGCAUUCGGGUCACCUCGUCAACGGAACGAUCCUAAAGACGGCGCUCACCAACCCCUCCGAAAUCAAUCUAUGUGAAACAACGAACACCAACGAACCGGUGGUACACUUGAGGCAGAGGCUAGACAACACAGUGAGCAGUUCGAGGGAUCGAUCUUUUCCUUUCGACGCGACCGUCGCCAUGAUCCAGUCCCUCAUAGACUGCGACGAGUUCCAAGAUAUCGCCACGUUAAGGAACUUGGACGAGCUGCUGGACCAUAAAUCAAACCUAAGCGACAAGCUGUGUCAAAUAGGAGACAGCAUAGUGUACAAGUUGGUGCAGUGGACCAAAAGGUUACCGUUUUACCUUGAGCUACCAGUCGAAGUUCACACGACGUUGCUCACCCACAAGUGGCACGAGAUCCUGGUGCUGACUACCUCCGCCUAUCAGGCGAUACAUGGUCAACACAAAUUCACCAACGUCACCGGCGAUGUAAUGGGGGCGGAUUUUAUGCAAGAAGUUUCGAACAACAUGUAUACGUUGCAAACGUGCCUAACGAACAUGAUGGGCCGACCGAUAACCAUGGACCAAUUGCAACAAGACGUAGGGCUCAUGGUGGAAAAAAUUACGUAUGUCACGUUAAUGUUCAGGAGGGUGAGAUUACGGAUGGAGGAGUACGUCUGUCUGAAAGUAAUCACCAUGCUCUCGCAAGCAAUUGGCGAAGCAAAAUCACGCGGAGGUACGAUGGAGUAUACAAUGGAGCUACAAGAACGGUACAUGAGCUGUCUGCGAAGUUUUGUCGAGCACAGCGCGCCUCAACAGCCGAAUCGAUUUCACGAUCUUCUCGUCAGGUUACCCGAAGUACAAUCGGCGGCAGCUCUUCUACUUGAGAGUAAAAUGUUCUACGUUCCUUUCCUCUUGAACUCAACAAUUCAAAGAUAGUAAAUAAAAAACAAACUGACGAUAAACGAAGCUGAAUACCUACAUAAAAACUAUACAUACAAAUAUACAUACACAUAUAUAUGUAUGAAAGUUUACACGAGUAUAUAUAUGUAUAUAUGAGAUGAGAAUAGAAAUCGAACAAAACAGGCGAAAGCAAACAAGAAAAUUGGAAAGACUCGUGCGAAAAAAAGAGAAAGGCUUUGUUUGCAAGCAAAGAGGAUCGAGAGAGGAACUUGGAACCUGUGAAUAGCGUGAUAAAACAGACAAGAGCGAGAAAAUAACGAACGAGAGAGCAAAAAACGAAAACUACUAGAAAGAAACCCGAGAAGAUUCGGAAAAUGGAGACUGCGAGAACAGAAUACCUACUGAAACAAGGAGGAAAAAAGAGAGAGAGAGAAUGCUUUAGAUAAGAAAUAAGAAAAAACAGAAGAAAAUUAAUGAGAGAGUAUGGAGAGAGAGAGAGAGAGUGAGAGAGCGGGAGAGAAAGAGAGAAAGAAUGAAACAGAGAGAAAGAUAGCGCGCCACCUCGAAGAUGGAAAAUCAAUCGAGGAGGGAACUGAACUUUUUUAUCGAAACUAAAAGACUAUAAUAAUAUAUUUCUGUACGCAGUAUCGCGCAACUACGUCAUUGUGUGUUCACGUUGCAUAAUCCGAUCGAUAAUAAGACUCUCGUUACGUACGCUCACUGUAGGCCACCUACUACCACCUAUUACUACUACUGCUACUACUACUGCUACUAUUUACCACUACUCUCCAUCACUAUCGAAACUAUAUAGCAGACUACCAAAACGACCGAAAGAUUAAUCGACCGACGUUGAUGAUAAUGGUGAUCAUAAUAAUAUCGACGAUAACAAUGAUAAACGCCCGCAUUACAACGAUGAUGACGAUAAUAAUAAUGAUGAUGAUGAUGAUGACGCGUCGCCAACGUUCUAAACCCAAAAUGAGUCGACGACCGCUUUCCUACGUAUCUUUACAACCCACGAUAAACUAUAUCAUAAGUAUAAUAUCAGAAACGGAUUGAUAACGCAUUCUCACUAUAACCGAAUAAGUCUAAACGUAUAAAAAAUGAAAGCACUUGUCGAUGUGUCUACAUGAUUCUACCCUAAAUCAGUUAACCGGUCGUUUCCGAACUACGAACCUAAGUGUGAUAUAUUUCAGUUACCAUUCUAAUAACUAAGAGAAGAUACGGAACACCGAUCAUCGAGUCGAUUUUACCACCAGAAAAACGUCGACAUUACUAAACCCGGAAAUUUGGAAAACAAUGGAACAAUUGGAAAAGUUCGUCUAAUCGUUAAGUAAGACGAAGAGGAAUUACAUGUAUGCACAGAAACCUAUCUAGAAGCAGCGCUUGACGAUUUCCUGCCAUCGUACGAGAGAAAAACAAUUCCGGAUAUCGAAGAUACACACGCAAAUGAAAAUCUGGUUAGCAUUUGAUUUGUCGAUUCGUAAUGGUCCUCGUUGUUAUUGUCGUCCUCAUCGUCAUCAGCCACUCCAAAUCAUGGUCCAAGCGCGCAACACAGAAGACUAUAUUAUAUAUACGUAUAUACAUAAUAUAUAUUCACCGUUUUGUUAAUGUACAUUUUAUCACCAUCAACUUAAUAUCUUCAACAACGUACAUCAUUCACCGGUCGAAGAUGUCCUUGUUCGUAACCACUAUUUUAAUCGUCGGUCGAACGAUCUGAUCCUCGUCGCCUUUUCGAAUCACGCGUACGUUAGACGUAAGUAUUACGCGUUUACAAGAGCUUACGAAAACAAAUGCCGCGCGUAUGCAUAAUAAAUCGUACUCGAUUCGGUUGAUCGGUUUCUCAAACGGAAAGACAUUAUCACAAAAUUUGUCGAAUGAGGUUCGCUUUGAUGACACGCGAAUAUUUGCAAGAUUUUUGUAACGAACACGUUGCUGAUUUUCGACGUAAGUAAAACUUUUUAAAUGUUUUUUAUACAGUUCUAUAAUUGAAUUCAUCGCCUGUCUGGAUCGAUGUGAUAUCUUUUCAAUGGAGAGAUCGUACGACGGGGAUUAGCUUGUUCGAGCGCUUCGUUUCUCGUUACCAGGUGUUCACCAUUGAUCCGCGACGAAAGAUUCUUUUUUAUGAUUCCUCUUUGAAACGACUGCGAUAAUUUCAUAGUAUUAUAUAUAAGAAAACAAAAAAGAAAGAAAAAAGAAUGAUGAAACGCGUAAACGAAUGAAAGAAAGAAAUACGAACAGCGGGAAAUUUGGUAUUUCUCUCUUGCGAAGAAACUUAUAUUCGUGACAAAGAAAAAAAAAGUAACAAAAAAAAGAUAACGAAAGUUCGGGGAAUUUUGUUCUCUCAUGUAAUUUUUUAACUAACUUACACGGUGCUGUUCCCGUUUUAGCAUGCGUAGAUGUAUAUGCGUACGUGUACUAUGUAUCGCGAAUAUAUGUGAUAUUUCGGUUUCUUUGCGACACGGAAAUACCAGGUUCUUGGGAUUGGCUCAAUUAUUUAAAAUAGAGAAAGAAAGAUAGAAGUAGGAAGCGCGCGAAGCCCAUUAGUAAAGAAAUGAACAAAACGAAUAGUAACGAAAAAUAGCAAAAACCGGUGGCUGAAGCCAGUUAGGAACAUCUUGUACGUGUCUUGAAAAGCAAAAAGGAGAAGAAUAAUGAAAAAUGCUCCUUGUAUACGCAUGUAACGGUUGAACCAGCGCACGUUCUGUCGCAACGUGAUCGUUUCAUCUUGCCUCCAUAGAAGUUAUCGUAAAUACGCGCUAAUUACCGAUACGCAUACGAUCACGAGCACGAUGAAAUCGAAUCAAAUACUUCUGAUCCCGAGGAUCCGCGUCGUGUCUUUGGAUAUCUUCGGUUUUGUUGCAUUUAUCUCCUUUACAAUUAGUACCCCGCACUCACUCUUAUGUGCGUCUUCUUAACUGCCUUUAACAUCUUUUUUAAAUCGUUGUCCAAGCGGAAGUCCGAAGUUCCGUUCCGUGAAGUAUUUUUUUUUUACCCCUCGACAACGCAUCUUAUUAUUUUUUAUCGCAUCAGGACUUGAAUUCGUCGAACUCGUGGUCGCGAGCGCGCGUACGAAAUGAAUCGACACGAGAACUAUACACACAGACCUUGGGCCUAUUAGCCUAAGGAUACUUGUCCAUACUAUAAGACUUAACUAACGAUGGGAUACUUCAUACGGUAAACAAUGUAUAUUAUUUGCGGUUAAGAAUAUUGGGGGUAACGGUUCCUGUAUUCCCAGGAUAUCAUCGUACACUUGUCUCUGUGUUCAAUUGGACGGUCGAUGAGGUCGCACCCGCGAGAAAGAAAGAACUACGAUGACGAAGAAGAAAAAAAAGGAAAGAACCUCGCUAAGUUACGAGCAGAGAGUACUCGAUAGUAUUGGUCAAUGAAUUUCCUAAAUGCAUUAUUACAAUCAUCGUCGGAGAUAAACUGUAGGAUUUUUUGUUCAUGUUCAUAUCGGAUGUUAUUUUUGCACGGAAAAAUUUAAUUUAAAAUUAUCGUUUCUACGAAACACGGAAAGGGGAAGCAAUGUUAUCUUAGCAUUUAGUCCGCCGUGUUUGUUCCUUUGUCUCUCCUCUUUCUGUCUUUUAAACAUUUUUGUACUUGUUCCUCCAUCUUUGCUACCUUCUUUGCAUUCCUAUCUACAACCCCUAAUUAUUUUUCAUUCGCUAUAUUCUUUUCCCUUUCUUAUUUUCGUAGCUCGUAAACGUUAUACACCUAGUUCACGCGGAAAACUCUUUUUCUUGUUGCCUCCUAUUUAUUGUUAGCUUGUACAUAUACAAAAGUUACAGUGUUGACUGCAAACAACAAUCGACGAGGAAAACGAAACGCCCGCGACAGAAGGAGAUAGCACCGAGUUGGACUGUCUUUAUAUUACAUUAUAUAUAUAAGUAAAUAUAUAUAUAAAUAUAUAAAUAUGUAUAUUGUAUAAAAUGAAAUGUGCAGCGAUGUCUGGGAGUACAGUAACUGCUUACGGGAGAGCUACACGUUGGAUCAGCAAGACUUAGGGCAUUAUACUACCGCGAGUAUUAUUAUGCCCAACCUUUAAUAUUUAAGUGCGAGUGAGAGUCUAUUUGAGCAAAAGUAAAAUGAAAAAAAGAUAAAAUUUAAGGAUAUAAAAAAAACAUAAGCCUCUCGUUUGUGGGUUUAACUUUGUACAUAUUGUACGAAAGGUUUAAUAAUAACUACGUUGAAAGUA